UAUGUGGUGAGCGGUACACGUGGCAUGCUAUGACUUUAGUCGCCCCUAGGUGGAGACAUGCCUCGUAGCGCUGGGCAUUGUGGGUCGGAGGUGUUGUUUUCCGCUGCAUGCCGAGGAAGAGGAGUUAAGUGUGGCAGCCGGAGCUUUUCAGGUUAGCGUUACAGAACUCCGCGGACACCUGCAACUGAGCACCGACGUAAGGCACACCUGUAUUAGCGGACGGACCCGGGACUGCGGUUCAUGACAUGGCACACAAUGGUCUGAUGAGCAUCGCGGAGGACGUGGCGGACCAGUUUCUGCGCGUGACGAAGCAGUACCUGCCGCAUGUGGCGCGCCUGUGUCUCAUCAGCACAUUCCUGGAGGACGGCAUCCGCAUGUGGCUGCAGUGGCGGGAGCAAAAGGACUACAUCGAGGGCACCUGGGGCUGCGGAUUCUUCCUCGCCUCCAUCUUCGUCAUCCUCAACCUGCUGGGCCAACUGGGUGGCUGUGUUCUGAUCCUUAGCAGGAAUUUUGUGGAGUAUGCUUGUUUCGGCUUAUUCGGCAUCAUCGGCCUUCAGACUAUUGCCUACAGCAUACUGUGGGACCCAAAGUUCCUUAUGAGGAACCUGGCUCUGGGUGGCGGCCUGCUGCUGCUCCUGGCGGAGUGUCGUGUGGAAGGCCGUACGGUGUUCGCUGGCGUGCCCAGCGUCAGAGAGAGCUCUCCUAAGCAGUACAUGCAGCUGGGAGGCAGGGUGCUGCUGGUGCUCAUGUUCAUGACCUUACUGCACUUCGACGCCAACAUCUUCUCUAUUCUGCAGAACCUGGUGGGCACAGCCCUGAUAGUGCUGGUGGCCAUCGGGUUCAAGACCAAGCUGGCGGCUCUGACGCUCGUCAUCUGGCUGGUCAUCGUCAACGUGUCCUUCAAUGCCUUCUGGAACAUUCCGUCCCACAAACCCAUGCACGACUUCCUGAAGUACGACUUCUUCCAGACCACCUCUGUGAUUGGUGGACUGUUGCUGGUCGUGGCCCGCGGGCCCGGCGGCGUGUCCAUGGACGAGAAGAAGAAGGAGUGGUGAGGAGGAGACACAACGCCAGGUCGCCGUGACAGCAGACCCCUCCUCCAGGGUCGCCAUGACUACAGACACCAGGACGACGCCCCCCCCCCAGCACCCUCGGACCCAUCCCCAUCCCCAUUCCUCUGGCAACCCCCCCCACCCCCCUCCCCCCUUGCUUCUCCCUGACCACCACUCUGUCCUCCAAUUGUUCAGGCACUUUUUAAGAAAAAAAGGUCUAUAUCUAUUUAUUUACUCAUACCUACGAGCAUUACGGGAUUAAAGAUCUUAGCCAUGUGUCUCUCCAGGUCACUUUGUAUAGCCCUUUUCUGUUUAAGGCGCCUAUAAAGCACGUGUUGAGUCAUUCCUUGGUCACCUCUGAGCUUAUCUCCAGUGUUAAUGGCUAUAACGCACGUGUUGAGUCAUUCCUUGGUCACCUCUGAGCUUAUCUCCAGUGUUAAUGGCUAUAACGCACGUGUUGAGUCAUUCCUUGGUCACCUCUGAGCUUAUCUCCAGUGUUAAUGACCAAAGACAAACACAUCAGCCCAGUGCACACCUAAGCAGGUUCGCGCUGUGCUUCACAUAUCUGCGGCGCUCAGAUGGCAGCCUGCACCUCAGUCAGUAGAAGGGACUGGCAAAGGGGCCCACACUGGACCUGUGUUUCUCUUCUUUUUAUAUGGACUUUUCACACUCAUGGUUUCCUAUGAAGGGACACACUGCUCAAGCACUGACAGACCUGAUAAACACACAUGUACACACACACACACACUCUCUCUCCUCUCACACACACACACUCAUGCUCCAUCCACGGGCGGGGGAUCUGUUGAUAAUGGGGGCGUGAGUAAAAACUAAAAGAAAAUUCCAUUCAUUGCCUUAAGAAGCUUUUUGACAUUUGUAUUUUAGGAUAAAUGAAAUGAUCUGUGUCUAUAAGUGAUAUUUACCUGUUGCUGAGUGCUGUCUGUCGUCAGGUCACUAAGAGUUUACAGUAGGUAAAAGUGUAGUAUUUUUAACAAGCAAAGCAGUUUACUCCCUUUUCUUUCUUAUGUGUUUUUUUCCUAUUUGGAUGAAAGAAAAACUAAAGACUGUUGUGUUUUCUAUAUGUUUAAAAUAUGUUGUGAAAUCAUAAAGGGAAAUUAUGAAAAA